AUGUAUCAUGAUCCUGUUGUAUCUGAAAUAGAUUUUAUGGCAAGACUUGCCUGCCCAGUUGCUACAAUCAAAGAAACUUCCAGUGUUUUUGGUAUGUCUGAUUUAAUGCAAAAAGAUUUAGAAGUAAUUUCUCAUGACAUCUGGUAUAAACCUAGAAAUAUUCCAAGACGUUUAAAUGCAACUUUGAGUCCUUAUGUGUGGCAGUAUAAAGAAAGGGGAACAAAGUAUAUGCAACAGAUCAAUUGGAAUGAUUCUCCUUCCAUUCCAUAUGAAAUGGCUUUGAAGAAUUUUCAGACAUUACAAGAACAUGCUGACAAUCAAGAAAAUCUUACUGAGCAAUUAGAGCUGUAUAGAAAUAAAUUAACACAGUUGGAAUUGGACAAGGAAAACUGGAUGCUGGAAUGCCAAUUAAUGAAAGCCAAGAAUCCUGCUGUUCAAUCAAGUGGUGAGAUGAAGUUACAAGAUUAUGAUGAAAUCCAGUUAUUUGUUAAAACAACUGUAAAUCGGCUGAUCAAGCAGAUACAGUUUGCGGAUAGCAAAUCCAUUGCCUUUAGAAAUGAAUGUGAAAUAUUGCAUCAAAAAUUGAAAAUGAGUUUGCAUAAAAAGGAGCAGUUAGAAAAUGAAAUUGCAAAUGCAAGGCAGGUUAUUGAGCGUAUGAAGGAAGAACAAAAAACUCUGAUGCAAAACUACGAAGAUCAAUUAAAUACUAUGAGUGAUCAUUUAGCUAAUUUAAAUGAAACUUUAACUGCUCAGAAAGAUGAGAUUGAUGCUCUAAAGCAAGCUGGAAAUAACAAGGUGAAUAAGCUGUUUGAAAUUUCUACUUUUAUUUCAUCAUAUACUUUCAAUUCUUUGGUAGUUGCAAUAUUAAACAGUUGUUUCAUCCCAAAUAUGUUUGAUAUUUAUCAUAAAAAAUAUGUUUGAUAUCUAUCAUAUCAU